AUGAACCUGACAUGUAAUUCAACGCUCGAGGAGCUGAGGAUCCUUCCUGGCUCCGAGAUCCUCAUCGCCGGCCCUCUGACGUUCCACGACCUUGCCCUCGUCGUCGCCGGCUCCUGUACCAUCAUCGCCAUCUCCCUGUCCUUCUACCUCAUCUUCAUGCACUCCAUCAAUUAUACCAAGCCCCGCGAGCAGCGCCAGGUCAUCCGCAUCCUCCUCAUGAUCCCCGUCUAUGCCGCCUCUUCAUUCCUCCAGCUUUAUUACUACUGGCAUGCCGUCUACUUCCAGCUCAUGAGCGAUUGCUAUGAGGCCUUCGCCAUCGCCUCCUUCUUCUCCCUCAUGUGCCACUACCUCGCCCCGGACGUACACACCCAAAAGGACUACUUCCGUAACUUGUAUCCCAUCAAACCCUGGGUCUGGCCCCUCGACUGGUUCGCCAAGUGCUGCGGAGGGCAGAGGGGCCCGUGGCGUACCCCUAAGAGUGGCCUGACAUGGUUCAAUGUCAUCUGGAUUGGCGUCUACCAAUACGUCUUUAUCCGCGUCGCCAUGACAGUUACGGCCGUUGUGACCCAGUACUUCCACCGCUACUGCGAGAGCUCCAACAACCCCGUCUUUGGUCACAUUUGGGUUAUCUCCAUAAACUGUCUGGCUGUUACCAUUGCCAUGUACUGUGUCAUUCAGUUCUACAUACAGAUGCGCGAGGCCCUUAAGGAGCACGCGCCCUUCCUAAAGGUUCUUGCCAUCAAGCUCGUCGUCUUCUUCUCCUUUUGGCAGGUCACAUGCAUCUCCGUGGCUACAUCUACUCUCGACCUCGUCCAUGCGAACCGCGUUCUCGCAUAUCCUGAUAUCAAAGUCGGCAUUCCCGCCCUUCUUCUCUGUUUCGAGAUGGCCCUGUUCGCCCUUCUCCACCUCUGGGCCUUCCCAUACGCUCCCUACGUGCCCGGCGCCAAAACCACAUUUUACCCGUCCCCCGACGCCCGCGACAUCAACGCGCAUCUGCGCGAAAAUGUCCACUCCGCCCCCAGCGGCGGCUGGAUGGGUCUCCGCGCUAUUGGAGAUGCUCUCAACCUCUGGGACUUUGUAAAGGCAUUCGGCCGUGGUAUGCGCUGGCUCCUCUGUGGUGUCAAGCGUCGCAAGGAGGAUCCCAGCUACAAGUCCGCUGCCGGCGUGGACAUGGACGACCUCGACAAGGGUGGCGACAAUGCCUAUCAUCCUGCUGGUCUCAAGAGCACAGAAAACCUCCCCAUUGCCCACGAAUUCCGCCGCAGCACAUUCCUGCAGCCCUCGCGGCCGCCUCCUCGGCCUGCGCGCCCGCAUCACGAAAGCGACAGCCUCAUUGCCCAUGCGCAGCCGAACCCCUCACAGAUGUCUCCGCCGCGCCGCCCACAGCGCCCACACUCUCCAAUGUCGCCCAUGGUGCCGAUCCCGCCGUACCAGGACCAAGGUUUCCACGCGACGGGCAUGGCUCCUGUGCACCACACCCGCCAGGGCCCGAACGCUAACUGGGAGAGACCAUCACCCCCAUCGACGAGCCCGAUAGCGGGGCCGCGCGACUUGACGCAGCAACGGGUCGGAGAGGCGCUUUGGGGACCACAAAGCCCCGCCAAUCCUGCCAUACUGCCCGAAAGCCCUGUUCUUGGGUCGGCAUUGAGCGAUUCUCAUGGGCACGGCCAACCAGCACACGGGAACCAACCAUACGAGGAACCGAGACCCGGGACGGCCUUUUAA